ACGCUUUCGUGCAAUAGAAGCCUAGGCUGAGGCCAAACGACGUAGACAGAUCGUCUGCAUGUUUGAACAGCAGUAUUUUGUUUGUUAGUGUACAUUUUAUUUGACAAUAAGCAAUAUAUAUUUCCGCAAUGGCACGGAAUGCAACAAAAGAUUGGAGACUAGAUUGCAAAGUGUAUGUUGGAGAUCUUGGUUAUGGUGCAGCCAAACAAGAACUUGAAGAGAAGUUUAGUAAAUAUGGACCUUUGCGUAAUGUGUGGGUAGCCAGGAAGCCUCCAGGGUUUGCAUUUGUUGAAUUUGAAGAUCCCCGUGAUGCUGAAGAUGCCACAAGAGCCCUUGAUGGAGCGAGAUUGAAUGGUCGUCGUGUGCGUGUUGAAAUGUCAUCAGGAAAAUCUCGUUGGGGAAGUCGAGGGCCGCCAGUUAGGCGUCAGGGUUCUUCUUCUCAUGAUGACUACAGACAAAGGAGAGGCAGAUCACGGUCUUUCUCCCCACGUCGUAGAUCCCACUCUCCACGUAGGCGAAGUCGCAGUGAUUCAAAUUCACCUCGUCGUCGUAGCCGCAGCAGAUAAACUGUUGACUGUUGACACUGUAGAGUGACCUGAUUUACAAAGAAAUCGGGGCCUAAAUGUUGAGACCAGCGAGGAGAUAGCUCCUUGUCACAUCAGUUAUCUCCAUAGGUUGUUGUAAGCAGUGGUGUGUACUUAUCACUUCUAUGUGUUCACACUGCAUUCAUGGACAGUGACGAUCCUACCAGUACUUUUAUUACUAAACCCGAGGCCAAGGCCUUUUUUUACAUUAUUACUGGAGUCAUGCAUUUUAUUGUCUUGUGUAUAUUCAUUACACAGUCCUGGCAUUUUCACGGCCCAUUUUUACAAAGCAAUCAUAGCACUAUGACUUUAAGUUAAUGUUAAAGUAUAAGAGUUGGAUGGUUGUAGUCCUACAAUGGCUUUGUGAAGUGGGACCAUUGAGGUUUGUAUAUAGCAGUCCAGUUCACUCGUCGGUUUUGGCAAGUUGGUUGUUCAUACUUAUAAGUGAUAGACACAUGAAUCCUAAAGGUGCAGUAUUGUGUGAUAUACACUGUACUUCCUGCUCCUGAAUGUUUGUUUGUUUUCAUAGGAAUCAUUCAUUUGAUGUUUUAAGUGAAAUUUCACAAAGUACAAUCUGUCUUCAUGUGCUACACUUGAAGCUAGACUGGGUUUUACUGGUUGCUGUUUUAGUGUGAAGAUAAAUUUUUAUUGCAGACCCUUUUGUUUUUGUUUGGCAUUGUUUUAAAUUGUCAACAUGUGCCUUGUUUUUGUGUCGUGUAUAGCCAUCCUUGGGAAGAAUCAUGUCAUUGGGAAAUACAUGUCAAAGUCUUUAUCUGAUAUAAUUUUUUUCUUUCCGCUCUGAAUACAAGUAUUUUAACUGGUGAAUAAUGUUGAAUUUCAUAUUGCUAACAUUAUUUGAACAUUUCAGUCUAUCGGACAGAUAUUCAUGUAGAAAGAGAAAAGGAAAUAUUUUUCUGACAUGAGCAAGGGAAAAUAAGUUCUGUAGGCAGUUUGUAAAGAGGUUUGGCUGUAUAUCACAGUAUACCUCUGAGCAUUAAGAAUAUUAUCCAAGAUCAAAAUUUUUCAACUUGGCUUUGCUCAUUAAUCAAAACCAAGGUAUGUAUUUUUUUCUGAGGUUAGAUUUUUAUGCUUUCAUUUUGUUUAAUGAAUUACUAGUAUUGUCAUUGCUCAGUUAAGUGUUUAAGUCUUGCCUGAAGAAAAAAAGUUGAACAAAAUUAUUAGAAUGCUAGUGCUGCAAGUGAUGAAAUUACUUUGGAGAGUAUUUUCAUGGUUAUAUUGCCAAAUAGUAGAUUUUUGAACAAUUUUGUAUUUCUCUCUACAAAGUUCAUGCUGCUCAUGUAUUAAUGGAAUAAAAUUUUAUUGAAUGUA